CACCACUCCAUCGAGAUGCUGCGAGUACAACGGUUGCCCGCUGACGGACGCUGCGGCUCGGGGCCCGCGGACGCCGAGGCCUACGACGCCGAGGCCUACGACGCCGACUCCUGCCGCGCCGGCUCCUGCGCCAGGCAGUGCAGUGCGGCCUGCAGGACACCGACACCGCAGAGCCGGCUCCACAAUGGGGCUGCCUCAGAGAAACGAGAGCUUCCCCAGGGCGGCGAACGACCCGAACGACGCUCCGUCAUGUCCAAGAUCACCUCGCAGCAAGUGUUCGACCGGGAGGACAAGUAUGGCGCCCACAACUACCACUCCCUGCCCGUCGCCCUCUGCAAGGGGGAAGGCGUGUACGUGUGGGACGUGGAGGGCAAGCGCUACCUGGACUUCCUGAGCGCGUACUCCGCCGUCAACCAGGGCCACUGCCACCCCAAGAUCCUGGCCGCGCUCAAUGAACAGGCCUCCAAGCUGACGCUGUGCUCGCGCGCCUUCUACUCGGACGCGCUGGGCGAGUACCAGCAGAUGAUGAGCGGCCUGUUCGGCUACCAGCGGCUGCUGCCCAUGAACACGGGCGUGGAGGGCGGCGAGACGGCGUGCAAGCUGGCGCGGCGCUGGGGCUACGACAAGAAGGGCAUCGCGGAGAACAAGGCCAAGAUCAUCUUCGCCGAGGGCAACUUCUGGGGCCGCACGCUGGCCGCCGUGUCCUCGUCCACGGACAAGGACAGCUACGGCGGCUUCGGGCCCUUCAUGCCGGGCUUCGGCCUGGUGCCCUACAACGACCUCGCCGCGCUGGAGGCCGCCCUCAAGGACCCCGACGUGUGCGCCUUCAUGGUGGAGCCCAUCCAGGGCGAGGCCGGCGUGGUGGUGCCGCACGCGGGCUACCUCAAGGGCGUGCGAGAGCUGUGCACGCGCUACAACGUGCUGUGGAUCGCGGACGAGGUGCAGACGGGGCUGGGCCGCACGGGCAAGCUCCUCGCCGUGAACCACGAGGAGGCCCGGCCCGACAUCGUGAUCCUGGGCAAGGCGCUGUCCGGCGGCGUGUACCCCGUGUCCGCCGUGCUCGCCGACGACGACAUCAUGCUGUGCGUCAAGCCCGGCCAGCACGGCUCCACGUACGGCGGCAACCCGCUGGCGUGCCGCGUCGCCACCGCCGCCCUGCGCGUGCUGCUCGACGAGAAGCUGACCGAGAACGCGGAGCGCAUGGGGCUGCUGCUGCGCGCCGAGCUCAACACGCUGCCCAAGGACGUCGUGACCCUGGUGCGCGGCAAGGGGCUGCUCAACGCCAUCGUCAUCGGCCAGGGCAUCGACGCCUGGGAGGUGUGCCUCAAGCUGCGCGACAACGGCCUGCUCGCCAAGCCCACCCACGGCGACAUCAUCCGCCUCGCGCCGCCCCUCGUCAUCAACGAGGCCCAGAUCCGGGAGGCCGUCGCCAUCAUCAAGAGCACCAUCAUGUCCUUCACCAGGAAGUGAGACGAAGGGCGCGGCGGCGAGCUGGCUUGCGAUCCCGACAGUAUUAUUGAUUGGAUUGACGGUGCGUGAGAGUGUGAUUGUGUAGGUAAACUAAUUAAUGGCUUCUUCAAGUAGAAUGAAAGUGGCUUGCAUCAAGCCUCAUCAUCUUGAAGAGCUGCGACUGCGAGGCUAAGCGAGACACACGUGUAAGGCGUGCUUAUUACUUAAGAUCUUUUUUAUAAGGUUGAUAAACGUUUCAGAUAUCAAAUGUUUUAAGAGAGAGGAUGGUAGUAAGUUGAAUAAGAGUAAAAAAUAAACAAUAACAAAAGCU